AGUAAAAAAAAACAAAUUACUGGCGCACUUUGUCGCCGGUGCGCCAUUAGUUCUAACUACUAAUGGCGCACUUUACCAGGAUGCGUCAUUAGUAUGUUUGAAAAAAUGGAAAUUUUUUUUUGUUACUAGUGGCGCACCUUUUGUCUGGUGCGCCAUUAGUGUCUUCCACACUAAUGACGCACCUCCACCUGGUGUACCAUUAGUAUAUAGUAGUGGCGCACCACAUCUCUGGUGCGCCAUUAGUGUCAAUCCUAUCUUUAGCCCUUUUCCUAGUAGUGUGAUCCCGAGACCUUCGCGAAGAACCGUGAGCUGGAGGUGAUCCACUGCCGAUGGGCCAUGCUUGGUGCCCUAGGUUGUGUCUUCCCUGAGUUGCUCGCCCGCAAUGGCGUUAAGUUUGGCGAGGCUGUUUGGUUCAAGGCUGGCUCCCAAAUCUUCAGCGAGGGUGGCCUCGACUAUCUUGGCAACCCCAGCCUCGUCCACGCGCAAAGCAUCCUAGCCAUUUGGGCUUGCCAAGUUGUGCUCAUGGGCACUGUCGAGGGGUUUCGCAUUGCCGGUGGCCCACUCGGCGAGAUUGUUGACCCGCUUUACCCUGGAGGCAGCUUUGACCCGCUUGGCCUAGCUGACGACCCCGAGGCAUUCACAGAGCUUAAGGUGAAGGAGAUCAAGAACGGUCGCCUUGCCAUGUUCUCCAUGUUUGGCUCCUUUGUGCAGGCCAUUGUCACCGGCAAGGGCCCGCUAGAGAACCUCGCUGACCAUAUCAUUGAUCCUGCCAACAACAAUGCCUGGGCAUUUGCCACCAACUUUGUGCCUGGCAAGUAAGGCACGUACUAGAGCUGAGUUGUGAGCUGGCGAGGUGCUCUGAUUUGUACUACCAUCAUGUAAACUAGGGGUUGGGGCGCCACCUUGUGGCGCCUCCUCAAAGGAAGUUGGGGCGGUGCCAAGUUGGCAGUCGCUCAUUCCAGUUGCUUUUUUGCAAUCUUCAUAAACACAUGAAAAUGGCAUGUUACAAGAAGCCACACUAUAAAUUUUGGAAGAGCUAAAUAAAUGACACUCAAAUACAAUGAGAUUAGAACAUCUUCGUCGAGCUUCGAUCGUUCAUUGCAAUUUAUUAAAGAAAAAACAGGACACUGAUCAUAACAAAAACUAAAAACCAAAGAAAAAAUAGGACAUAGAUUAAGGUUGAUGACGCCCGCGCCCGAGCCGCCAGCCUCGUCGUUGUUGGCGGCCAACGCCAACCCGCGGAGCACGGCAAUACAACAAUACAUAGUCAUUCAAAUAACCGCAAAAUGAGAUAAACUGAGGGUACCUAUGUGAUUUCCUGGAAUUGAUCCCUAGAAAUAUCCAAUUGAAUUGCUUGGGGAAAGCAACAAGCUGCAGUACUAGAGGUUACAUAAGCGAUUCGAUAGACGAUAAUGGCUCAGGUUAUUCAUGAUUUUAGAUGGUGAAAAACAGAGCAUAGGUAGAUCUUGAUAGCACGGGAAACAUUAAGGCAACUCCAAUAACAAUGCAUAAAUUAGCUUCAGUACUAACACGAUGCUUUUGGAUAUAAGUACUCAACCACAAAUUCUAUGAUACUUGGCAAACUAUGAAAUCAUGUGUAACAAUAGUAUACAACGAUGUAUUUAUAGUGACAGAAAAUAGUGCCAUCAACAAGAUAUCUGCAGAAGUGGAAUCCACACCACAUUGGUCAUCUGCACUACCACUUUACAGAAAAUAAGGGUUUGUCAUAUACGUACAUCACCAUGUAAUCUCCAUCUGUUUGUCUGAAAGAAAUAUGAAAAUUAAACCCUCUCACCCAAUCGUUGUACUACAUAAAUCAUGCCCAGUGCCAUGCUUGCACCUUUAUUCCUGGAGUAUUUGCAGCUGGUGAGUCUAUUUUUUUCUUUCUUUUGAUUUACAGCUAUUGGCAUGAAUUGACACGUGCAAUUGGUCCUAGCAGGCUAGCACUAACAAUAAUUGAACCUGUCAAUUGGCUGAUUAAAUAAGCUUCCUCUGAUUUCUAUAGACGCAGUUGCAACAGUUAGCUGCAGCAACUGUAUCUUUCUUUUGCAGGUGGGGCAUGUGUUCGGACUGAGUUAUACAAUUAUUAAAUCAGCUUAAUUGUUUAAACAAUUUGCUCAUGUUUUGUUAAUAGUUGUCAACUAAAAGAGGAUCUACCUUUUCUAAUGGUCGCCCGAUAAAAGAGGAUCCAGACCCUCACGAGUUUCCAUUGUACAAAAUUAUUCUUUGCUAACAAUAAUUUUGCUAAGUUGCUCUCUACAUCUUGGUGUUAUUAGUCUAAAUAUUCUGAUUCCAAAGGAUGGUUCCUAACAACAGAUCUUUUAAUAAAUUUUAAACAACAGUAUCUUGUUAAUUUUGGUUCUGUCUAGGAUGAUGAAAUUCAAUUUUGUUCUACUAUAGAUUAGUUAAAAAAAGAAAACAAAAAAAUCCCAAAAAAAUCGACAACCGGAAAACAUUGAAUACUGAAAGAAAAGGCAGAAGAAAAAAAACAAAAGCAGGGUUGUGGUUUCACGGUUUUUUACGCACAAAUUGUGUCUUAUUCAUUUUUCGAGGUGGUAAGACUGUGCUUCUCGUAGAAGCUCAUGGUUGUGUCUUUUUCUCAUCGAACAUAUCUGUGUUUAUCGUACAAGCACAUAUUUGCUUCUAGUGGAGGCACACUUGUGCUUU